CAUGUCCUAGAGGAUAUUCUUUAGCCGUUGCCAUUUUCGUCAAAGCUUUCCGCGAGGCUCCACAGGUGGCUCUGGCUGUCUGCUUUUUUGUGUCGCCAUGCGGGGCGACACCGGGAACGGCAAACGGAGGCAUCCAACAAAGAAGGCUCGCUCGUCGCUGGCUCCAUCGCACGAAUCGCGCGUUUUCCUCAGCCGGAAACGCGAGAAAGCGGACGUCGGUGAAAUGUCGUUCAAGGUCAGACCCGCCGUACGCGAGGACUGCGCCGCCAUACUGGGCCUGAUCCGCGAGUUGGCCGACUACGAGCGGAUGCUGGAUCAAGUCAGGUCGACCGCCACCGACCUCGAAGAGCACCUCUACUCGGACGACAACGAAGUGCGCUGGGCUUCUGCCAACGUAGCCACGACGGCGGCGGGCGACGGCGAGCACGUGAUCGGCUUCGUUCUCUACUUCUUCGUUUUCGACCCGCUGACUCUCGAGCGCGUGGCGUACAUGGAGGACCUGUACGUGCAGCCCGUGCACCGAGGUCGGGGCGUCGGCCUGGCGCUGUGGCGCUCGGUCGCGGACCACGGUCUUCGGCGCUCGUGCGAGGUGCUCAACUUCGAGGUGCUCGACUGGAACGCGCCGUCGCUGGAGUUCUACGCCAAGCGGGGUGCCGCCAACAUCACGCGCUCGCGAGGUUACCAGCACCUCAGGUUCUCCGCUAGUCCCUGCGGUUCUUUUCUAAGCGCUCGGGAUGGUUCGCGCUGAAAGUGCGAUUCGUGUUGCUGCACGCGUUUCUUGGCGAACCAUCUUUCGUAGCUGCUUUAAAGUGUGCUCCCGAGACUCCCACUUUAUGUAUAGCUCACUAAGCGCCACGUUGGCCCAGUGGCCCUUGCAAAAAGUUUCUGUGAGCAAAGUCCCGGGUUCGAUUAUGGUCACGACAGUUGCAUUCCUACUGGCCGAAAUAGAAAUGUUCUCGUGCACUUACUUAUCUUUGGGUGCCUACGUUGUUACUUAUGAAGGGGGGGGAAAAAAUGUUAGCGCGAGGCCAAACCUGGUUUGCGUAUUCAGAUACAUAUGCAAAACGCGAAAACGCUUUUU